AUGGACAUUCCAUCCUUGUUGUCUGUUAAUGCCUCAGCAUUUCUCGAGCUUUCAAGCUACAACUUCAUUCGCGCGUCCCUUGUCGUCAGUGCUGACAUGUCCAAUUCUUUGGAGAGUCAGUUGGAACAUCUCAUGCAGGAGGAGUAUCCUCACAUGGCGGGGUCUUCUCCUUCACCUCGUCCAGCGAAACGUCUCAGAGGUGCAAAUCUGUUGGGGUCUCAGACGCAGAUAUCCCAUGCAAUGUUAUGCAGGUCCGAGCAUAUAUCUGUGUACUUCUUACUUUGUGUCAUGAUGAGGUUUCGCGCCUUCUCUGAUUUGGAGAUCGACCCUCCUGCCCCACAUAUCUUGGCGCCGGCACCCGUCAACCCGAACGCGAUCACAAUGCCAGCCAUGUACGAGCACUACAUGCAGUGGGGUCGUAACUCCUUUCCGGACUUCGCACCGGAGACCUGCAAACUCGUGUCCAUUGCCAACUACAUCUGUGACAUGGAUGCCGCAAACUAUUGCAUGUCUAACAAACAGAAGCUUAUGUUGGCUAUGUUGAUUGAUGGCCAUAACUGGAGGGCUCAUUGUCGACAAGCUUUUCGGUACGAGGACGGUGCUUGGGUUCGCUGUGAGAACUUGUCCAUCGAUGCAUGGGAUUUGCUGAUGGCCUUGGAGGGCUUGUUUGUUCAAGUCUCUCUGGACUUGGCGGCGGCAGAGCGAGAGUCCCAAUGGAGUUGGGAAGCCGCCGGCGCCGAAGUGCUCAAUGUGAUUCGACAUCUUCUUCAACAGUCCGUGGAUGUGAUUAAAGAGCUAUGUGGCGUCGCCAAGGCUAACAGUGAUCAUCUUCGCAAAGCUACAGGAAACAAGGCGUGGCAUGCCAAAUGGUCUCGCCGUGUCGCCGAUAUGCUCGCUCAAUAUCGGAAGACCUGGGAAAGCGAAAUCUCCUCAAAGCCUCUAACAAAGUUGUUUCUCUUGGAGUGGGAUACACCUAUGCCUAGAUCGACAGGCGUCUGUUUCACGGACGUGUACCUCGACGAGAAUUGGGAUGUGGCUCCGAAAGCACGUGAUCGGAAUUGCUACUUGAAACUGAACUACCGCUACCUGUAUGAACAUGUGAUCGCACAGAACCCCAACAUUGAUGUCAACAACUUCCGUAUCAGGCUUCGUCUCUUCCUCGAGUCUCUGUAUUACAAGAACGAACAUGGAUUCCAAAUCAAGUUGUGCUUCCUCCACGCAGCCUUCAAGCGAGUAUGCACUUCCAAAAUGAUCUUCCAGAUCGGCAAAGGUGGCGAUGGUAAAGGAAUGGAGGCAAUAUUGGAUCGCACCUUGUUCGGGGACCUUGCUUCCUCCACAUUGGAUUGUGGGGUCUUCUUGGACCGGUCGGAAUUCCGCAAAUCUGCGGAGUUGGCAUGGAACAUGGCCAAUGUUCGCAUCCAAGAGAUGGAUCAUAAGUCUUCCUUCCAUGCCGACCUAUGGAAGCGAUUCGUAGUUGACGAAGACAUCGACUGUCGGGUCAACUACGGCUUCACCACUAAGCGCAAAUUUGGUGAGAGCUUGAAGGUGCAGGAGUUAAAUUAUGACAACAUACCCACAAUUGAGGAAGCUCGCGAUCGCAACAAAUGCUGCCAGCAGCUGGAGAGACGUAUCGUGUGUCUUCGCAUGGGGAAGGGGAAACUCGUCAGUGAUGUCAAUGAGGUGGACACAGACAACGGCGUCUUCCUGUUGAUUCCACAGGACGAACUAUCUGCUUUCCUAUCACAUGAGAUAACGGCCGCCCUGUUCCUACGGGAAUACUGCAUUCCGUUCUUCCAGGAAACGUCGUUAGCAGAGUCUUUGAGAAUGAUCAACGACCUCGCCGGUGUUCAUGCCGAUCUUGUUCGUGAUACCAAGUGGCUAGCUUCACGCCUUGCGGGCGGCAAUGCUCCGCCUCCUGGAGACGAGACGGAUGAUGUGAAUGAGUUCAAUAGACUAGUCAUUGCUGCUCAUUCGCAGACGCCCUGGAAAAGAGUGUUGAAGGAGUACCUCAUCCACAAGAUUGAGGCUUUGCCAGGAGCCAUAUACUCGUCGAAAGGAAAGCGGACUAAACUUUUUUAUCUUAUCGAGGCCGUGGACAACGCUGACGUGAUCCUCUUGAAGCAAGUGGAUCAUGGUUGUUUCCACAAGCUCCUUCUGGAUUGGACAAAACUACAGGUGGCCAUGGACAAUCACGGCGGCAUCGACAAGUACGGGUCCUGGACGGAAUGGGGCGAUCCCUUUGACUUGCUGCACACGCAGGAGAAGUGGACAGGGGCAGCCUUCCACCAUGACGCACAAAUUAUCCGACAAAACAAAACUAUCGUCGAAGAUCUCAGUGCGCUCGGGCGUAAUAGUGAACUCCGCUUGCAGGAGAAAGUGAAUUUGACUGCGCUCAUCGCCUACGCGCAAGCUGGCAAUGAUCGUCGUCCAGAUCUCCUGGAAGCUUACAUUGCUCGGCAUCGUCGAGACGGAUUGGUUAAUGGAGACUUCUCCAGCAUUGACAUCGCCUACUACAGACGACCUCAUUAUGGACGCUUGUUGUCGCGAGGACCUUCUGGUCAAAAGCUCACGCGUGAAGCAAGGUUCAUUGCCUUCGGCUCUCACUGCGCCGAAGUCGACGCUCCUUCGUGCCAUCCUCGUCUAUUAGUUUCGAAGCUGCGCGAAUCUGCACUUUGGGAUGAGGACAAGUUCCCCAUGCUGAACAAGGUCGUGCAGUUCUACAAACAGUGGAGAGAAUCUCUGGCACAGUAUUCGGAGUGUACCGUUGAGGAAGCGAAGGUAGAGCUUAUUCGCAUUUUCUACGGUGGCCGGCCUUCCGUUGAAAUCCCAUAUUUGCUCAAGCUUUGUGACGAGGUACAGCGUGCCGCUAUGCUGUUACUGAAGAUGCCGACUGCCAGAGUAUUCGCUGAUCUUUAUGAAGAUCGUCCUAAUCCAGAGUUCAGUCGGCUCUCAGCUCUCCUGUCUUUUGAGGAGGCGAAGCUCAUGCACAUCAUGUCAGAGCACAUGGGAGACUCUGUGCAAAUGCUGCUCUUCGAUGGGUGCUAUGUUGAAUGCGACAGUCUUGCUGCAGAGUUGGAUGUCGUCGAAGCGUGUCGGGCAUGUGAAGCGAGUGUGAUUCCCAUGGCCAUCAAGUCGUGGCCUUCCGGCACGGAGCUGUCAAGCAUAGCAAGGCUGUUGAUUCGCAAGGAUCUUGGACUUUGGAGUAUCUGCCGGGCUAGCUUGCAAGGGCCAACCUCGUCUUGCUUGCACUACGUGAUUGCUGUGCUCCAGCCUGACUGCGACACUGACCUCUUGGAGGUUACGGAAGAUGAAGGUGAUAUCUCCGCUAGGGAAUUCAACGAGCACAUGAGGUACAGUUCGCAGCGCGCUCCGCAAGACGCAUACCGCAUGAUCUACAUGGAGGAAGUGGAUCUGAGCGAGGUGAAUACCCUCAACGGUAACCUCAUUGUCCAUCAAGCAGCUCCAGGUGGUGGACAUUGGAGUGGCAUCCGAUUCCUGGGCGACUCGACAGUAUGUGUCGUGGAUUCUGAGUCUAGCGGGCGUCAUUUGCACACCACCUUCCAGAUCCUGUCUCAGAUUGUGUCCUCCAUGGAGAAUCUGUCUUGGUUUCGUCUUCAGACGCUUACCCACGAUGUUGCUCUGGAUCAUCACGCAGCCUAUGACCUUCGUGGAUCGGGACCUUGCAAACGACCUGCGUCGCAAGCCUCAAUCACAAUGAAAGUGGAUGUACACUGUCCAGAUAGACUGGUGCUAUCCUCACCCCUGCAGACGUGCUUGGAGUGUGGUGCCUCUAUUCGGAAAGAGCGUGUGAUCGAAGCACGCUUAUAUGCACUCGACGGGGUACAUCAUGUGGAACAUUUGACAAAGAAAUGCUCCAAUCGCAAUUGUGCAACAUUGCACCACUACAACUACCGUUGGGUGGACGGCAACAAGAUCAACAGCUCUCAUGCAAGUGAUCUGGAAUUUGUUUUCGUGAAUCCCAAGACGGUCUUCACUCGAUCUUUCCUGGAUUAUCAUGGCAUGCUGCAGUUUCGUGGGCAUAUCAGUGUCCAUGCUAUCAACUUUGCGCAAAAGGAAGUCAUGUGGAAAGACGAAAAUGAGCAUGCUCGAUGGCGGCUAGAAUACUCUACCGCACAGUUGUAUCUCAAUGUCCUACAGGUCGGCGAGCUCAUGUGGUGCGACUUGUCGGACCAGGACACCGACAAGAAACUCCUGUCGAUCUGUUUGGAGAAGCCGCUUGCUGACAACUUCGUGCAGGAAUAUCACAAGUGGUUCCAAUCCAAUGAGAUUACUGUUAAGGAGAGUAAGUCUAUGUACGAGCUCGUGAUCGAUGGCCAUGAAAAGGUUUCAUCCAGGUGUUCUACUAUUACUCCUGCCCAUGGCGGACGGCCACGGAAGGACGGCACAGUCAAAAAGCGCACAAAUGGGUGGUUUAUGGCUAUUCAUCCAGAGUCCGGCCUCAUCGUUGGUGUGCAGGAGAUGAUCCACCCUGAGAACAAUGACCUGGCAGUUAGGAUGCUUGAAGAUGCGGCUGAAAUUCUUCCUGUCUUGGAUUGUAUCAUCUAUGACCGCAUGUGCUGCGCUUUGCAAGCAGUGCGAAGGUCGGACAUGCUCCGGGACAUUAAGUAUUUCUGCGUCGAUAAGUUCCACGCACAUGGUCAUGGUACAACUUGUCCGUGCUCGCCCUUGGUGCACAAAAAGUUGGACAAGAGAUUGAGAGAGGUGAAUACCUCUGUGGCUGAGCAAACCUUCGCUUGGUUUCGCAAUUAUGCCAGAACAUUCAAUACCAUGUCUCCGCAGACGCAUUUCUUCUAUGUUCUCUUCUACGUGCAGAAGCAUAACGAGUUGAUCCGCAAGAACAGUGUGAGUCACCUCAGCCCAUUCAGUUCAGGCCGUAAGCGCCGCCGUUCUCAGCCGUACAGUUGCAGCAAAUCAUUCGCCUCGAAAGUUUUCCGUCGUCCAACUGCAAAGGUUUGCUUGCGGAGGCCAGCAGCCUGCAUGGCGAAGCGUCCAGCGUCCUCGAAGUAG